UCGGGACAUUUUCCUCGCCAUCCGAGUCGAUCGCAGCGCUACCAUUGGUGGUAUUGAGUACAACGUACGCCGAGUUUUCCUUUUCCCAUUCCGUAACUCGACGUCGUUGUGAACACGUCUGUGCCGGUUGUUUGUCCCAUCAUCGCGCUUUGAACGCUUUUGUGUACAUGAACUUUUGAAAAAGUUUCUAACUCGGUUUCCGGUACGAAAGGAACAACAAAUGCGCUUUUGGAUAACUGUUUACAAUAUAUUGUGACUGUUUAAUGUUUGUUCGUCUUGUUAUAGAGGAAUACAAUGAAAAAGUGGUGAAGUGUUAGAAAUAAUUAAAAAAAAAGGACUUAAGAUUGGUGUUGUGUAAGAUUAACUUGAUUAUUAAACCAAAGCCUUUUGUUGCGGAAUGAGAACCUAGUGCUACACGGAUUUUGUUCAGGAUUUUUAAGCUCAAUCUGUGGACGCAGCAAUGGAUCUUUUAAGUGAGAAGGCUGAUUACUGGAAAAUCACAUUCCUCGCUUUGCAAUUAGUUACGGUUGUCAGCGUAGCCAUGUCGGAUGAUAUAAAGGACACGAGGGAGGGUGACGACGUCACUCUCGAGUGCCGCUUCGCACCCCAGACUUCCAGGGAGUCCCUCACGUACUAUUGGGCGAGGAGCAAUCGACAAACGCACGAUAACGUCGCCAUCGGACCCGUGCCUCUUGACAACAAUUACAGAUUGAAUUACCAUCCUGAGAAGGGUGUUUACGACCUGUUAAUAUCAAACGCGAGCUACGACCGAGAUAAUGGCAAAUUCGAAUGUAAGGUUAAAGCGGGCGGAUCGGGGGCUAAUUUACAUGCCCAACGGUACACGCUGACCGUGUUGACGGUACCUCACCAACCCGAAGUUGCCCAAGGGACCUACGUGACUGCCACCGAAGGCAAACCACUUAACCUCACGUGCUCCACCGUAGGCGGCUCUCCGGACCCUAGCGUACGAUGGUACAGAGAUGGUUCGACGUAUCCUCUAAAUGCAGAAUUGAAGAAUGGUGGGUCAAGAGAUCAGCCUACAACAGCAACUUUGUCGUUGGUUCCUGACAAGGAAGACGACGGAAGCAUUUUCAGCUGUGAAGUGUGGAAUCGUGCCAUGCAGGACGGAACAAAGUUGAAAACCACUGUGACCUUAAACGUUAAUUAUUUUCCUCGUGUAGAGGUAGGUCCAGAGAAUCCUUUACGCGUCGAAAGAGAUUCGUCGACAACUCUCGAAUGUACUGUAGAUGCAAAGCCCAAAGUGAACACCAUCCGUUGGACCCGUAACGGCCGUUUCAUAAGUUCGUCAAACAGUCACAUCCUGCAUAGAGUGAGCAUCCAGGAUGCCGGAAAAUACACUUGCAGUGCGGACAAUGGCUUGGGAAAAGUUGGAGAGAAAGAAAUUACCUUGGAUGUCUUGUACUCGCCUGUUGUCGUCCUUGAAGCGAAAACAAAGGAAGCCGAAGAAGGGGAAGCAGUAUCCAUCAAAUGCAACAUCACGUCAAAUCCCCUUCCGGCCACAGUGGAAUGGAUCAAAGAUGGAAAGCCGGAUUUCCGCCAAUCUGGACCAAUACUAAAAUUAAACCACGUAACAGCCGAAAAUACUGGUACAUACAUCUGUCGUGCCGUCAAUUACAUUACACCAAGUGCACCACCCUUACGUAAAAUAGAAAAAAUCGGAAACGCAUCAAUUGCACUCCUUAUCAGACAUAAACCUGGAAGGGCCAGGAUUAUGCCAGAUAAGCCCAUUGCUACUGAAGGAUCUCCCGUCACUCUCACAUGCACUGCAACACCUCCUGGCUGGCCUGCACCCCAAUAUAGAUGGUUCCGACCUGGAAAUGACGGUCAACAAACAGUCUUAGCCACCGGAACCAAAUACACCAUUCCCAACGUCCAUCUCAACAGCGAAGGCGUUUACUAUUGUCAAGCUACUAACGAACUAGGGCAUGGAGAAGUUGCUUCCGUUAAUUUAGAAGUACAUCAGCCUCCCAGUUUUAAACAGAAACUGAAACCUUUAGAAACUAAGGCUGUCGGAAAUCCAAAUUUCUCAGUGAUCUGUAGUGCGAAGGGAAAACCGAAACCGUCAAUCAGAUGGCUCAAGGAUAACGAAGAACUCACGCCCGAUACUCACAUGUUCGAAGUCUCCACCGAUGUUUUCGAAACUAGUAGCGGAACCGUCAACAUUAACAGCGAACUGAGAUUCAAAGGCAAGGCAAGACCAAAUGGUAACGAACUCCUUCCGUCCGAUCGAGGAGUUUACACAUGCACAUUCGAAAACGAAGUUAAAAAGACUGAAUCUAGCAUGCACCUAAGAAUUGAACAUAAACCAAUCGUUCUUCAUCAGUAUAACAAAGUGGCUUACGACUUGCACGAAACUGCUGAAGUUGUAUGCAAGAUUCAGGCAUAUCCAAAACCUGAAUUUAAAUGGUUUUAUGGUUCAAACAUGUCACCGUUGCUGUCUUCUUCGGAGGGCCAUUACAAAGUUACGACAACUGGUGACGACAACGACGUGUACACCAGUCUCUUGAGGAUAGCGAACAUUAAACAGAAUGAUUACGGCGAGUACAACUGCCAAGUCGUUAACAAUCUCGGAAGUAUAGAGACCAGGAUAAGACUUCAGCCGAAAGGUGCACCUGAGAAACCAACAAAAGUCACAGCGUUAUACGUCGGUCCUAAUUUCGUCACCCUCAACUGGGAGCCUGGUUUUAACGGUGGAAUUUCGGCAACUAAAUAUUUCGUCUCGUACAAAAAGGUUCCCAGUAACGAGGAUAUUAUAGUGGAAGGUUGUGGAAUGGUCAGCAGGAACGCCGAUUGGUUAGAAGUGGAUUGUCAGCAAAACGUCCCCUGUAACGUGACCCACUUAGAUCAACAUCACAGUUACGUCUUCAAGGUGAAAGCUUUGAAUACAAAAGGAAACAGCGACAAUUCUCAGGAAGUGCGAGUGACGACAAGAGUUGACCGCAUCCCUUUACCGCAGAGAGUCGCUUUCGACCCAACUACUCAAGGUCUGUCCGUAAAUGUGCCCGCAACAUGUCUGCCUCUUGUUGCCGUUGUCGAAAUGAUUAACAGCGAAAGUUUUCCUUUAACUUCGUGGCAAGUUGUUGACACCCUUCCUCUUCAGACGUCCGGCCUUGUUGCGACUUACAAGGAAGCCAUCUUGGAGCAGGGCAAUCGACGCACUUAUCCUGCUGUAGAAGAACCAAUAGGAGUCGGUGACGAUGAUAAUGUCAGAGUUAGAGUGAAACUUUGUCUUAGAACUCAUCACGAUCACUGCGGAGAUUACGUUGAAGCAGAAUUGGGACCAGCGUACAUCAAAGAAGCCUCUGCCUUAGCAACCCCCACAUUAAUAGCCAUCGUUGUGUCAUGUAUAGUUUUCGUACUUUUCGUUGGACUACUGUUGAUGUUCUGUCGUUGUAAACGUAACCAGUCGAAAAAAUCUCAAGCCAAAGAUUACGAAAUGGAUUCUGUGAGACCGACCAUAGUUUCUCAACAAAAUCAGGCACCUCCUCCGUAUUAUCCACCCUCUGGAAUGGAAAAUAAGGCAUUGGAACACUCUUUAGACUUAGCCCUGGCUAUGGAGGAUCCUAAGAAUCCAGUCUAUGCGACUCAAAACGGUUACGGUUACGUUCCCAAUCCGAACAUGCAAGGACAUCAAAAUAUCAACAAUGGAGAAUGGGCUAACAUGGGUUACAUGGAUUCAAAUUAUUCCAAUUCGAACAAUGGAGGAAGCGUGAACUCUCAAGAUUCAUUGUGGCAAAUGAAAAUGGCGGCAGCGUCUAGUAACUCAAACAACCAACUCCAGAACCCACACAUAGAACAUCAGAACACGUAUGGUUACGAUCCCAUAACUCAUGGGGGCUACGGAGCCAUAGACGAUUACGCCCCAUAUCCUCACAUCACGACCCAGAGCAACCACGGUGACGAUUACAUGAGAAACAGCAACAAUCCGUCCCGUCAGGAAUAUAUCAGUAAUGACCCAUAUGCAGCUGUCCACAAACCAAAGAAACGUAUUGAACAACAUAUCGAUUCACCAUACCAUGAUGUGAACGGUCUCCCUGACCCAUAUCUGGAACAGAUGGAAGACGAAAAACCUCCCCAACACAUGUCUCUUAGCUACGAAGAAAGUUUAGAGAGUGGUUAUUCAACUCCUAACUCACGGACAAGGCGCGUUAUUCGUGAAAUAAUUGUUUAAAAGGACAGCUUUAAACACUAGAAUAUAUCACUGCUGUGGACUACUUACAAAAACUAAAACAGUGCAUAUUCCAGUUUGAUUGCGUGUUUUUCCUUAACGAAUAAACUUAUUAAUAAUUAUUAUUAAUAAAUAAUUAAAUCUGCUAUACAACGCUGACAACAUCAAGAAAACUGACUUUGUAAAUGUAAAGUAUUCGUGUCGUUAUUAAAAUAUUUUUAGUGUAAUCAUUCACUAAUUUUUAUAACACAUACACAGACACAUACACACGGGGUACAAGGCGAAGAACGACAGGAAGUUUGCUUUCUUUUGUGUACCUGAUCUAAUAUGUUUUAUUGAUAGUAUUGUACUUGUAAUUUACCGGACUAGAACUUGCACGUAGAACACUGUGCCGAACAAUUUUUCUUUUCUUCUUUCUUGUAGGAACGACCAAUUAAUUUUUUGAAUAGAUUUCGGAAAAUAAGUGCCUUGCUGUCUUUUUAUUUCAGUUUUGUUUGAAUUGUUUAAAGGUAAGCAGUUAUGAUACAAGACUUACAAUAUUAUUUUUCUUGGAGUUGUAUUAGUUUAUUCAGUUAUAAUUUCUUUUCUUUUUGAUUAUUUAAUAACUGAUUGAACUUUAAAGGAGAUAAAUUGUUCGGAACUUUGUUCUUGCCUUUUCAACAAGUUAAUUUUAUUAAUAUCAUUGGACACACUUGUUGAUGUUUGCAGUGAUUGAAUGCACAGAACUGCCAUGACUUAAUUAUAUAUAAGGAGAUCAUUCCUUUUGCCAUUUUAAUGCCACACGGUCAAAAUAAAUCGCUAAUUACUAAGCCUAUUAACGAAGGGGCAAAUUUUAGUGGUGAUUAAAUAAUUAAAUAAUUUAAAAAUGCCACAGCACUCGACUUACACUAAAAUUAGUAGCUAUAUUUUGUGGACGUUAGCAAUACGAAAUAUUUUCUUUUAAUAUUUAUUUUGCGACUUUAUUUAUUAUUAUUAUUAUUACAUUCGCCACAUUGUAUUAUUAUUUCUCUAUUGAGAAAGGGAUAUCGAAAUAAUUUUUGAAUAAUUGUGAUAUUAUUUAGUUAGUGGGAGUGCCAAUAUCACCGAAGAGAAUACUUGUAUUGUACUUGAAAACUGUCACUGAUAACACAGGGAAUAAAUGUUAUAAUUAACGUUUGCAUGUACAGUUUUUCGAACUUGUAUUAUAAUAUAAACACUAUUUUCGAAAACGUUGAAAGUUUUCAGAUACAACAGACAUUACUUUAAGAUAGUACUUAAAAUAAAAAAUGAGAAAAAUUAAAAAAAAAGCUAAGGUAACAUACUUGGAGUGAAAGCCUCUGCGAUACAGAAGUUGUAAUACAAUUUGUGAAUUUGCGUGUACUUAUUUGUAUUUGUUGUGCAUAUGUGUACGAAUUGAAAUGAAUCGUGUCUUUAUAUACAAAUAUUUUCCCUUUGUUUUAUUUUCUUGUAAAAUUCGAUUUUAUGUAUUUUGUAUGUAAGUACGUACCUAUUUGUUUUUUGUAUAUGUAUUUAAGAGUCGCGAAGACUUUCGUAAUUUGUUGCUGAUGAUGAAAUAGUGUAAGAAACCGUAAAUUUUCUAUUUUCAGAGAAUUUACGAUUUCGAAGAGAAUAACGAGUGGCAGCAAUUAUUCCUUACCUUUUCUUUUUUCUAUUACACUGACUGGGGUAAGAAAUAAUUGUGUUUGGUACAGAUUAUUGUAAGAAAUGCUCAAAAAAUAAAAGUAUUGAUCUCAGAGAUUCAAAUGCAGCAAUCUCUUAGACACGAAUAUUAUAAUGGGCCGAAGGCAAGAAUUUUGUUUCUGUAUAUAAUUAUAAAUUUCAAAGA